AUGGCCACAGAACAGGCGAAGGGGCAGCGUGGCCCAGACCCCCAGAAGCCUCCUGUGGAGGCUGUGGCUUCCGGGAGUGGUGCUGAGGGCCUGCCCUUGACCAGGAGGAGGAGCAAGAAGGACAGGGGACUCCGAGGGUCCCGGAAGGGUGCUGGUGGCUCCGAGGAGCAGACCCCCAUCCCUGGCCCCGAGGCCCCAGGGAGCAGCAAGAGCCUCUCUGGGAAUGGAGAAGGGCAGGAGGGGACAGGCCCUGCAGCCCCCAGGCCAGCCGGUCGUCGCCAGUCUCACCGACACCGCUCUGGCACCCGGCACGAUGCUGCCCAGAAGACAUACGGGCCCCUGCUCAACCGCAUCUUCGGGAAGGACCGCGAGCUGGGCCCCGAGGAGCUGGAUGAGCUUCAGGCCGCCUUUGAAGAGUUUGACACUGACCGUGACGGCUACAUCGGCUACCGAGAGCUGGGCACCUGCAUGCGGACGCUGGGCUACAUGCCCACUGAGAUGGAACUCAUCGAGGUCUCCCAGCACGUCAAGAUGCGAAUGGGUGGCCGUGUGGACUUCGAGGAGUUUGUGGAAUUGAUGGGCCCAAAGCUGAGGGAGGAGACAGCACACAUGUUGGGGGUGCGGGAGCUGCGCAUCGCCUUCCGAGAGUUUGACAGGGACAGAGAUGGACGAAUUACAGUGGCAGAGCUGCGGCAGGCAGCACCUGCUCUGCUGGGGGAGCCGCUGGCGGGUCCUGAGCUGGACGAGAUGCUCCGAGAAGUGGACCUCAACGGGGAUGGCACCGUAGACUUUGACGAGUUUGUGAUGAUGCUUUUCACCCACUGAAGUUCUAGAAGGGAGAAUGCGUUACCCCGCUGGCCCCAGGCCAGCAGGGUUCAUGCUGUACGCCCUCCCCCUGAGGCCUCAGAAUGGAAGACCACCCAGCAGCCCUCAGGCUUCUUCGGUCCUACACCUGGCUGGAGAGCCGGCUCGAUGUCACCCACCCCCCUUCAUUCUCACCUUCCUCCCACCUGAGCUGCCUGGAGGGAACCUGCACUCCGCCGUCCAUCAUUCUCCAGGGUGAGCAAGAUUUGGAUCUCUCCACACCCUCGGUGGGUAGCAAGCUCCCUGGCACCGCAGUAUUCAAAGGCAGGGGCGGGGCGUGGAGUUGGGGGGAUUCUGGAAACAUGGUGAAUUGAGAGCGUGGCUGGAUGCCUCCCACUACCCGUGUAAAAUUGUUAAAAAGACAAAAACUGAACUUGAAAGAAAGCCAGGG